UUCUGUAGUACCUAUCGGGAAAUUCUAACAGCACGUUGCGUAUCUAUGUACUUUUUUUAUAAUACACAGCGUAAUGACACAUCUAUUGAUUUGUCACAAUAGCGCUAGGUAGUCAGCUGUUUAAUUUUUUCCCCCGUGCUGUUUCAACUGGAAUAUAAAUUUGUCUGCUUAGAAUAAAUCAAGAUAUUUUUUACUGUUUGCUAUGGGUAAUGCCGAUACUAAACUAAAUUUCAGGAAAGCUGUAGUUCAACUUACAACUAAAAUCCAGCCUGUAGAUCCCUCUGAUGAUGCAUUUUGGUCUCAGUUUUGGUCAGAAAGCAUCACAAAUAUUCAAGAUGUUUUUACCUUAAUUCCUGCUACAGAAAUACGUGUUCUAAGGGAAGAAUGUCCAUCAAACUUAGCAACACUAUGCUACAAAGCAGUUGAAAGGCUAGUUCAUGCUGCAGAUUCAUCAUGUGCAACCCAGCAGGAGCAUUGUACAGUUAUAAACUGUGUCCGCAUACUUACAAGGCUUCUUCCAUACAUUUUUGAGGACCCAGAUUGGAGAAGCUUCUUCUGGUCAAGUUUGCCAAGCAGCUCUAAGCAACAGUUCAAAAAUGACAGUGAAAAUCCAGAGGGUCAAGUGGAAGAAUCUAUUCCACUUGCCCAAUCUCUACUAAAUGCACUUUGUGAUCUUCUCUUCUGCCCUGACUUCACAGUUUAUUCCAACAAGAAAUUUGGACCAGACAAACAUGAAGAUCUCCAUUCAAUAGACAGCUGUGAAUUUAUAUGGGAAGCAGGUGUUGGGUUUGCCCAUGCUGCUCCACAUGAUCCGCGUCUUGAUAAUAACAGAAACGAGAUACUGAAGCUCUUAUUGACUUGUUUUAGCCAAGCCAUGUAUCAUCCACCUGGAAGCGAAAGUGAAGCUCCCAACAAAUGGGUUCAACAUUUCACAUCACCGGAGAACCGCCAUGCACUACCCUUAUUUACAUCACUUUUGAAUGUCCUGUGUGCAUAUGACCCUGUUGGACUUGGUUUACCGUACAAUCAUCUACUGUUCACCGAUAGCCGUGAACCUUUGGUGGAAACAGCUCUACAACUUCUAAUAGUCACUCUUGAUUGGGAUUCAUCAUCUCAGUGUUCCCAGUUGAAUGCGAUUGACGAGCAAAGCGGAAUGAUUCACGAAAAUUUGUUCAUCAAUUACUUAUCGCGUAUUCAUCGCGAAGAAGAUUUUGCCUUCAUGCUGCAUGGAUUCACCCGUCUUCUUAAAAAUCCGCUGAUUCAAACAUAUCUGCCGAAUUCCAAUAAAAAAGUCCAAAACCAUCAAGAAUUGCUCGUCUUCUUCUGGAAAGUUUGCGAUUUUAAUAAGAAAUUCCUGUAUUACGUUUUGAAGUCGAGCGAUGUACUUGAUGUACUAGUUCCCAUUCUGUUUCAUCUGAACGACUCUCGGGCUGAUCAAUCCCGAGUUGGAUUGAUGCACAUAGGAGUUUUUAUCCUGCUUUUGCUGAGUGGUGAGCGUAAUUUUGGGGUUCGGCUGAAUAAGCCAUAUACGGCGACCGUCCCCAUGGACAUUCCAGUGUUCACCGGAACACAUGCCGAUUUGCUGGUGGUUGUAUUCCACAAGAUUAUUACUACUGGACACCAACGUCUUCAGCCAUUGUUCGAUUGCCUACUAACAAUUCUCGUAAAUGUUUCUCCCUAUCUGAAAACGCUAUCUAUGGUAGCGAGCACCAAACUUCUUCAUUUGCUGGAGGCUUUCAGUACACCGUGGUUUCUGUUUUCAGCACCCAACAAUCACCAUUUGGUUUUCUUCCUUCUUGAGAUAUUCAACAAUAUCAUCCAAUACCAGUUUGAUGGGAACGCAAAUUUAGUCUAUACUAUCAUCCGAAAAAGACAUGUAUUUCACGCACUAGCCAGUUUGCCGACUGAUUGCGGUACGAUUAAUCGCUCGUUGUCGCGCCGUGGCCGUAAACAGCUUGGACGCCAACCGUCUGUCGAGUCUGUUAAGGAUGCUCCGAGUAUGGAGGGUUCGCACCCAGCGUUGCCAGCCCAACCGGGAACACACACUUGCUCACUCGCCAUCAUGCCUGGGAUUGAAAAAAUUACUGAGCAAGAAACGGCUCAUCCUUCAUUGCAACAACUCAGUCAAUUGACUGGCGCUGCUGUUGCUGCCAACGGUGCCAUGGAGAACAUUACCGUUAGUCAUGAGAUUGAAGAGCGCGCCACAGUCCUUGCCCAUAGUGAGAAUGUCGAUGAAGACAGUAACUCAGAUGAAACAGACAAAGAAUUCGUCGACCAGGGCGCAUUCCAUAAUGAACCCGUCAUACUAGAUGUACCGGAUAUCAAGGAACCAAUUUCUCCGACAAGUUCACACAAAUCCUCGUACUCCGAGAGUUCCCAACACGUUCCCCAUCCUCCUAGCUCUGCAUCACAGGUACGUUACAGCAGAUAUAAAUUGUAUCUAUUUCAAUUCUUUUGCUACCGUAUUUUUUCUAUGCAGGUUGGCUUACAAUGGUUACCAAAUCCUGAUUGGGUACUGAGUUGGAAGCAGAAAUUGCCCCUUCAAACUAUUAUGCGCCUGCUUCAGGUGUUAGUGCCCCAAGUGGAAAAGAUUUGUAUUGACAAGGGUCUGACUGACGAAAGUGAGAUUCUCAAGUUUCUACAGCAUGGUACACUAGUCGGACUUUUGCCUGUGCCACACCCGAUCUUAAUCCGCAAAUACCAAGCAAAUAACGGAACGUCAAUGUGGUUUCGCACCUACAUGUGGGGCAUUAUUUAUUUACGGAACGUCGACCCUCCUAUUUGGUACGAUACAGCCGUAAAAUUAUUUGAAAUCCAGCGGAUUUAACGAGUUGCUUGAAAACAGUAAUAUAUGUCGAACACCUACCUUCGUAUAUAGUACCUAUAUAUGGUACUCUGUAUUGAAAAUAUGCUGAUGUUAAAGAGCUUAUGUUGCAACGUCAACAUCCUUGCAUUGCAUCUUGCUAAGCCAAAAGAAAGCAUUCAUAUUUAAACAAGCUUUCAAAUUAUUCGGCAAAAUAUUCGCGAGAUGAAAUAAAUUUUAUUGGUGGUGGACAAA